AUGGCGAACGGAUGGCCCGCGGAUAAAAUUUUCGGGGACGUCAUGUCCUACACGUAUGAUGACAUUAUCUGCCUCCCGGGGUACAUCAACUUCCCGAUGAGCGAUAUCGAUCUGUGCAAUAAUUUAACUCCAGACAUAUCGCUAAAAACGCCUAUUAUAUCCUCCCCUAUGGAUACGGUGACAGAACAUAAGAUGUCAAUUUCGCUAGCUCUAUGUGGAGGAUUAGGAAUUAUUCACAAUAACAUGAGUAUAGAGAAUCAAAUAGAAGAAGUAAAAAAAGUGAAAAGAUUCGAAAAUGGGUUCAUAUUUGAUCCGUAUACAUUUUCCCCAGAACACACAGUGGCAGAUGUAAUUGCUACGAAAAAUAAAGUUGGGUAUAAAUCGUAUCCCAUAACAGUAGAUGGAAAAGUGGGUUCAAAAUUAGUUGGAAUCAUUACUGGAGUAGACUAUCUAUACCUUACAGAUAAAACGAGAAAAAUAAAAGAUAUCAUGACGACAGAAGUCGUUACAGAUGCAAAUAAAGUCCUUUGUGAAGAAAAAAAAAGCGUCCUUCCAAUUGUCAAUAAUAAUUACGAGUUGAUAGCUCUUGUAUGCAGAAACGAUAUGCACAAAAAUAAAAUUUUUCCGCAUGCUUCUAAAAGCCAAAAUAAACAGCUAAUCGUAGGAGCUUCCAUCUCGACUAGGGAACAUGACUUAGAGAGAGCCAACCAGUUGAUAAAAAAUAUGAUAGAUAUUAUUUGUAUCGAUUCAUCUCAAGGGAAUAGCAUAUACCAAAUUGAUACAAUUAAAAAAAUAAAAGGAGCUCACCCAGAUAUUCCAAUCAUAGGAGGAAAUGUGGUUACGUGUGAUCAAGCUAAAAAUUUAAUAGAUGCAGGAGCUGAUGUGUUACGAAUCGGGAUGGGUAGUGGUUCUAUUUGUACCACUCAAGAUGUGUGUGCUAUUGGAAGAGCUCAAGGUACAGCUGUCUACCAUGUAAGUAAUUAUGCACACACGAGAAGUAUUAAAACUAUUGCUGAUGGGGGAAUUAAAAAUUCUGGAAAUAUUGUCAAAGCUUUAUCUAUUGGUGCAGACUUCGUCAUGAUGGGAAACCUCUUAGCUGCAACAGAAGAGAGCUGUAGUGAUUACUACUUUGAAAAUAAUGUUCGUCUAAAAAUAUACAGAGGAAUGGGUAGCAUGGAGGCUAUGUAUAAUAAAGGAUUUAAUUCGAAGAGUAGAUAUCUCGUAGAGGAGAGAAAAAAUGAUGCACUCUGUGAUCAGAAUGAAGAAAUAAAAGUAUCUCAAGGGGUGUCAGCUAGCUUAGUGGACAAAGGAUCUGUUCUUAAUUUGAUUCCUCAUCUAGUUAAGGCUGUUAAGCAUGGCUUCCAAAGCAUGGGUAUUAGGAGCAUCCCAGAACUGCACUCCAAGUUAUACUCGGGGGACCUCAAAUUCGACGUGCGCUCCUUCAACACCAUCAAGGAAGGGCGCAUAAGUGAUAACCUUAUAUUCACCAAUAAGAAGUUCACGCCGUGA